GCUGCCUGCUGCCCAGGCUGGCUGCUGGGCUCGGGAUGACGCCACCUCUCGCUCCGCCCCGGCGCAAACUCGCUCCCUGCGUUCAUUUCAUUCCUCUUCUCAUUCCGAGCAUUCUUCGCAUCUCUGUCAGUGCGCGAAGCGAUUCACCUACACCUUCCUGGCUGGCCCAGAAACAUCAGAAUAACUUGACAUAGUAUUCAAAAUACCCAGUAACAUUACAUUACCAAAAGAAAGGGGCAAUUUUAUAUGAGAUAUCAAUUACGAGUUGGCUCAGCCGGGAGUUGUUGGAGAUUUCACCGGAGCAUUUUCGGACCACCUCGAAGAAGAAAACACUGUGGCGAGACUUGUUGCUUCAACGCGUUUGACGGUGCUUUUUCGAAUCGUCAUCUAAGUUUUGUGUCUCUCCCUAGUCUGCUCCAAGCUUCAGCUUGGAGAGCUCAACCGCCACAAUUGAUCCCAGCAGCUGGAGCGGCAGCGAGAGCCCUGCCGAGGACAUGGAGAGGAUGAGCGACUCGGCAGACAAGCCUGUGGACAAUGAUGCAGAGGGGGUGUGGAGCCCUGACAUUGAACAGAGCUUCCAGGAGGCCCUGGCCAUCUAUCCUCCUUGUGGGCGCAGGAAAAUCAUCCUCUCUGAUGAGGGAAAGAUGUAUGGUCGAAAUGAGCUGAUAGCGAGAUACAUCAAGCUCCGGACCGGCAAGACAAGGACGAGAAAGCAGGUGUCUAGUCACAUACAGGUCUUAGCAAGAAAGAAAGUUCGAGAAAUCCAAGCUGCCAUUAAGGUGUCUAGUCACAUUCAGGUUCUUGCCAGAAGGAAAUCUCGUGAGUUUCAGUCCAAGCUAAAGGUUACAAAUAUGGACCAAGCCGUGAAGGACAAAGCCCUCCAGAGCAUGGCCUCCAUGUCCUCGGCUCAGAUCGUCUCUGCCACGGCUAUUCACAACAAGCUCGGCCUGCCAGGCAUCCCUCGCCCAGCCUUCCCUGGAGCAGGGUUAUGGCAGGGUAUGAUUUCGGCUGGUCAGCCAGGAUCAUCGCAAGAUAUUAAGCCUUUCACCCAGCAACCCUAUCCCAUCCAGCCAGCAGUCACGACAGCAAUUUCAAGUUUCGAGCCCACAGCAGCUCCAGCACCCACGGCGCCAGCAUGGCAGGGCCGCUCCAUCGGUACAUCUAAACUCAGACUGGUGGAGUUCUCUGCCUUCCUAGAGCAGCAGAGAGACCCAGACUCUUACAACAAACACCUGUUUGUGCACAUCGGGCAGACGAAUCAUUCCUACAGUGACGCCCUGCUGGAGUCGGUGGACAUUCGUCAGAUCUACGAUAAAUUUCCAGAAAAGAAAGGCGGACUGAAGGAUCUGUAUGCAAAAGGCCCCCAGAAUUCCUUCUUCCUUAUAAAAUUCUGGGCUGACUUAAACUGCAACAUUCAAGAUGAUACCGGAUCUUUCUAUGGCGUCACCAGUCAGUAUGAGAGUCCAGAGAACAUGACCAUCACAUGUUCGACAAAAGUUUGCUCCUUUGGCAAGCAGGUUGUGGAGAAAGUCGAGACUGAAUAUGCACGCUUUGAAAAUGGACGUUUUGUCUACCGGAUAAGUCGAUCCCCCAUGUGUGAAUACAUGAUCAACUUCAUCCAUAAGCUAAAACAUCUGCCGGAGAAGUAUAUGAUGAACAGUGUGCUGGAGAACUUCACUAUCUUAUUGGUGGUGACAAACAGGGACACCCAGGAGACGUUGCUAUGUAUGGCGUGCGUGUUUGAAGUUUCGAACAGUGAGCACGGCGCGCAGCAUCACAUCUACAGACUGGUGAAGGAAUGAAUCCGCUUGGAGCUCCUCCUUUUCAUAGACUUACCAACCUCAAAACAAAAGUGGCAGUGCCUCUACACGAAAGUCAUACCUACAACGCUCUUUGGUCAAGGUAUCGGGUGGAGUCGUUGUUAUAAAUCUGUUUUAAUAUAAGUGUUUGUUAUUUGACUGCAGCUGUGAAUUGCGGUACAGUUGUUUUAAUGUUUGAAUAUGGGAAUUUUAAAUAUGUUGGUCUCUGUCGGGUAUAAAUGUGGCCAUCCUUAAAGAGUUUCCUGGAUGUGUUUGGUAAAUGAAAAUGUGUGUGUCGUU